CCACAGCUUUCCGAAAUGCAAAGGCUUUUGAACAGGCUAAAGAAACCUAUGUAAAAAUGGGGGAUCUUCAGAAAGCCAUGAAUUCCCCUUUCCAUGCAGCAAAAGCCUAUGAGCAAGCUGGGCUGCUGUGUAAGGAGAACAAAGAGUACGACGAGGCUGUCCACUGGAUGGAGCUGGCUGCCCUUAUGUUUCAGGAGCAUGGGACCCCAGAUACUGCAGCUCUGUGUCUGGACAAGGCUGCAAAAAUGGUGGAACAAGAAAAGCCAGAGAAGGCCAUCCAUUUAUAUACCAAAGCCUGUGAUGUUGCAGAAAUUGAAGGAAGACCUAGACAGAGUGCAGAGUACAUUGGGAAAGCGGCAAGACUUCAGGUGAAGUGUUUCAAGUACGACGAUGCCAUCAAAUCCCUGAAUCAAGAAAUCAAGUACUGGCUCGAGGCAGAGAACUAUGUAUACAUCAGAAAGGUAGCCAUGGGAGUUAUCCUUCUUCAUCUGACAGGGGAAGACUAUGUGGCAGCCGAUUUGUUCUUUAGAAAUUGUUUAAACUACCCUGAAUUUGGAACUAGCGAAGAAGCUGGUGCCCUAGAGGAUUUGUUACGUGCAUACGAUGACUGCGACGAAGAGGCUGGCCAUGCGGUUGUAGUGAAACCGCUUUUCAAGUUUUUAGAUAACGCAUUUGCCAGGUUGGCUCGAGAUUUAAAAUUCCCAGGUGGCAUCUCAACAUCGCGGUCCGCGGCCACGACAAGCACUUACAGCCAAGGUGGUGACGAGGACGGCAGAGAGGAAAACGCAAAAGGACGGGGAUCAAGACGAGGAGGAUGA